AUGGGAAAGCUGACGAUGCAACUGGCACGGUUCAUGACCAACGAGUGCGGCUGGACACUGCAGGUCUGUGAUGCCAGCAACCUGGGCUACAAGGGCGAGAUCCGAGAGCAGCAGAUGAAGUUCAAGGCCCCCCACCCGCUGAACCUGGUGGCCCCGCUGGUGAUGAUCGAGCUACGCCAGGUUGGAUACAUUGAGAUCAACGGGACCAAUUCGCAGGACAUCUUCGCCAAGCUGAACAGCUUCUUCACAAGCAAGUGGAAUGCAACUGAAAUGAAGGCGGACCCCGACUACUGCGACAUGAAGUAUCGAACCAAAGCAUUCAAGAGCCGUGGAAGUGAGGGAGAGAACAACAUGGGCCUGCGGACGAUGGAGCUCGUGGACUUCAUGGUGAAGGAAUGCCAGUGGACCAUGGUUACCUGCAACGGUGGAAACUUUGGCCGCCGUGGCGACAAGCGAGAGCAGCAGCUGGUUUUCCGCAACGAUGAGUUUGUUCAGCAUGGGGCGGACCACAUCAUGGUGGAACUUCGAACGGCCGGCUAUGUCGAGAUCAACGGUCUACACGACGCCGGUGAUACGAAGGAGCACUUGAUCGGCUUCCUCGUCAAAAAGUGGGAGUGCGAGGAAUACAAACCGUAUCUUUGGGAAAGCAGCGAGAAGUUCUGCGACUUGAAGUACACGUGCCCCUACAAGUUCUUCCACAGUCCGGGCUUGGCCACAAAGUUGGGAAAGAGGACCCUCGAACUCGCCAACUUCCUGGCGAAGCAUGGCUGGGCACUGCUGCUCUGCAAUGGUGGAAGCCUCGCGCUGGAUGCGGAAGUCGUACGAGAGCAGCAGGUGAAGUUCACGAAGUCCCCGGAGAAGGCAGCUGCGCCCUUGCUUCUUGUGGAGUUCCGGACGGAGCCCACGGCAGAGGAUCACAAACCACCACUCUGGGAAAGCUACGUGGAGAUUGUCGGGACGGACGCAAACGGAGUGUAUGCCAAGCUAGACGCUUUCAUCACCGACUUUCUAGACGGUCGGGAGUUGACUGGAUACGAGAAACGGGAUCAUUGCGACAAGCUGUACAAGUUGAGCAUGAUGACCCAGCCUUUUCAGCUUCACGAGGCAAAGCUUGGAGAGAAACAGCGGGAUGGCUUCAUGAACGGCGAGAGCAAUAUUGGUCAGUGGACGAUGCGACUAUGUGACUACAUGGUUGAUCACGUUGGCGAGUGGGAUUUGAUCGUAUGCAACAGCGACAAUGCAAGCGGGUUUAACAGCGUCACCGCGCGCGAGAUGCAGAUGGUGUUCCGGCACCGGCCCGGAGGGCGUGCGGUGUUCAUGGCUGCCGGCCACGUGGAGCCUUUGGGGAGGCCACCCUUGGAGCCCCCGCCUUACUGGACGGAGGAGGCGUGCGUUGCUGGGACUCUCGGCCAGAAGCUGGUCCCUGGCUCGCCGGAUGAGUUGGCAUGGAUGCAGGAGAUCUUGGACAAGACCUUCAAGAACAAGGUCACCCGUGAUCGCAAGGAUGGCCAGCCCCUGGCGGACCGCUACAAGGCCGUGCAGUGCAUCCGCAGCGAGCACCCGGGCCUGUGGGACCGCUUCGCGGAGCGCCGCCGGGUGGUCUCCGAGAGCUGCAAGACGCCGGGCGCCCUGGAAUCCUUCACCACGCCCAAGACGACGGACGCCUGCCCGGGCUUGGCGCAGCGCUGCACGCACGUGUCCGUGGGGAACCCGGCCAACCAGGCCUAUCUCCUGCACGGCACGAACCCGACCUCCGCCGUGGCCAUCUUGAAUUCCUCCUUCACGGUCAACCUUGCGGGCAAGAGCGCAGGCACGAUGUUUGGGCCCGGCGUCUACCUGGCGGAGAGCUCCACGAAAGCCGAUGAGUACGCUCGUGACGACGUGGGCGGCGAGUACGACGGCCUCUACGCUGUGCUGGUGUGCCGCGCGCUCCUCGGCCGGUCCUAUGUCACCGAGCAGGCCGGCGAUUUCAGCGACAGGGUCUUGAGCGGCGAGUUCGAGCACGUGCUCGGCGACCGGGAGAAGGCAGUCGGCACCUUCCGUGAGUUCAUCUUCUUCCACGAGGCUUCCAUCUACCCCGAGUAUGCCGUCUUCUACCGCCGCGAGAAGGACGGCCAGAUCCUGCCUCCCCCACCACGCGUGGAAGCGCCGGCCAUGGAACGAAUGGAAAGACUAAGAAUGCAAGGGAUGGAGGCCCGACCACCACACGCACCGGAAGGAGACGAUUCAGCUUCCACACCCGUCUGA